AGUAUUUGAUAAUUUUAACAAAGAUAUAAGAUUAAACUAGUAAUUAUCAUCAAACUAGGGCGUAAUCAUAAUUUCCUUUAUAUAUAAAUGCACUAAUAAAAUAUCUACCCACCAUACCAUAGAAUAAUCAAAGAAGGCAUCUAGAUUCUUUCUUCCGUGGCUGGCUUCCUCUAGGUUAUGCCGUUUCCCCUUCAGGUUCUCCAUCUCUCUCUAUCUCUCUACGCUACAUACGUGCUACUGUGUCUUCCUAUGAAUUUGUUGUGCUAGACUACAAUUCCAAGGGAUUAGUAGUACUUAGGAUAUGGAGCAAAUGUUCCCCUGGUCCAAUUUCUGCAAGUAUAGAGUUUUUUCAUUCCAGGAAGUGCUUGAUUGGCGGUUUCUCACCUGCGGAGAUUCUCUUCUUGUUUCCUUUGUCAACUGCACUUAGUCAACAGUUUUCCGUCAAUGAACUCCACAGGAGGCCAAAUGCGAAUUCGUUAUUUUAUUAAGCGUGAGAAGCAGCAAUCUGUUAUUAUGUUUGUUUUGGCUCCACUUUUAUCCUCCUACAAUACAUUAUUGCUACCGCUUUCCUAAUACAACAGUCAUCUGGGAUCUUUUGAAUUUCAUAAUUUGAGGAAUAAAGUUCUGCAAAAGAAUCAAUCAUGUCAUCUAAUAUAAAAAAAAGUUAGAGGUGUUGUGUAGCUUCUUAGAAACCUAAACGGCUAGGAGUAUCUGGUUUACUCAGCUGAAGAUCUUGCAUCAACAAAGUUUAGCAUAAAUGAGAAGAGCUUGUUUUCUUGUUUGAGAAGUCACUGUAAACCAUGAAUUGAGCUGACAAGCAAUCCUGUUUGUUUGGACUGCAAUAUGUUUACGCUAGGCUGUGGGUGAUAUGAAGAUGUUUGACAGUCCUUGCAUCACUUUGCUUUCGCGACCUUGUGUUCCCAGUGACUGCUUUGAGUUCAUUGAUGUGGCAAUCAUGUUUGUGAAGCUCCUCCAUCAAAAUCCUGCUGGUUUUAUGUGGAAGUUAAUACAAAAUUAACAGUGGAUUUUCAUAAACCAGCAAGACCAGUAGUUACACACAACUAUUGUCUUCUCCGGCAUCUAUUGAAGAAAGAAAUACAUACACAUUUUUUGUGCGUGUCCUCUAUAUCCAAUAAAUUGUGCUGUGUGCUGGUUAAUUAAAAAUGGAUAGGUACCAUAUAAUUAAUGAAGUCGGUAAUGGUACUUUUGGAAGUGUGUGGCGAGCACUAAAUCUUCAGACUGGUGAAAUGGUAGCAAUCAAAAAGAUGAAGAAAGAGUAUUAUUCAUGGGAAGAAUGUAUAAAUUUAAGAGAAGUUAAGUCUUUGAGGAAAAUGAACCACCCGAAUAUAGUGAAGCUAAAGGAAGUGAUCAGGGAAAAUGACAACUUGUUCUUUGUGUUCGAAUACAUGGAGCGCAAUCUAUAUGAGCUAAUGAAAGAGAGAGAGCGCAAUCUAUAUGAGCUAACAAAAGAGAGAGGAAAGCUUUUUUCAGAAACAGAAGUCAGAAACUGGUGCUUCCAAGUAUUUCAAGGUCUUGCAUACAUGCAUCAGCGGGGAUAUUUUCAUCGUGACCUUAAGCCAGAGAACUUGUUGGUUUCAAAGGAUAUCAUUAAAAUAGCUGAUUUCGGUCUUGCUCGUGAGAUCAAUUCCGAACCACCAUAUACUGAAUAUGUUUCCACACGCUGGUAUCGGGCUCCCGAAGUUCUUCUCCAGUCCCCAAGUUAUGGAUCUGCUGUUGAUAUGUGGGCAAUGGGGGCAAUAAUGGCUGAAAUGUUUACUCUUCGCCCUCUAUUUCCUGGCAUGAAUGAAGCAGAUGAAGUCUACAAAAUAUGCAGUGUAAUAGGAACCCCAACAAAGAUGGAAUGGGAAGAUGGUCUCAAGCUUGCAAAUGGCAUGGGCUAUGAGUUCCCAAAGAUUGUAGGUGUACAUCUUUCUGUGCUAAUACCUUCUGCUAGUGAAGAAGCGGUUAAUCUUAUUGGAUCACUUUGUUCAUGGGAUCCCUGCAAGAGGCCUUCAGCUUUAGAAGUACUCCAGCAUCCUUUCUUCAGAGUUGCUUCUAUAUUCCACCAUCUCUACGCUCUAAAGCAAACCCCUUGAGAGCACCUAAUUCUGUGGCAGGGCGCUGUACCCCUGGUAUUGCUACAUCCAGAGUGAAGCCUGCAUUGGAACAAAAACCCAAGUGGUCCUCAGGGACUCUAUCCCAUUCAAAGCCCACUGGAAACUGCUGUUCUGUGAAGUCAAAUGUGCCUCUGGGUACAGGUGCACAAAGAAAGUCAGAAACAAACUAUCAAAGUCCAACAAAGCCUGUUAAGUCACUUAAAGAACCUAAAUACCGACCCCCAGCAAUGAAAGUUCCAACGGCAAGUUAUACUGUAAAUGCUAGAGGAGUCUCAAGUGCAAGCCAGAAGCUUCCAAACAUGAGCUUUGGUUCUUCUGCCAGACCUGCUACUAUAAAGCAGCAGCAGCCAUUUCCUCAACCCAUGAAGGCUGGCGGUUGGCACAGGCCACCUGAUAUGUUUCCCAACUCGCAAAAUAUCCUUCCAGGAAGAACUUACUCGAGGAAAGUGGCAGGUUGAAGAGCCACUAUAUUUUCUGCUAUUUUUUCUUUCUCUGUUGCAAUAAUGCUAUUGUGUUGUCUGGACGAGUUUGGGUGAGUGAGCACGUUUUCCAUUCAGUUUUAACUUUUAACUAUACCACGAGUUGCAACUUACAAGUUGUAACAUGGUUAAUAAAUGUACUGCUGCUUAUUACUUUCAUAGUUUGAUGUAUGAAGGCUGCUUUUGUGCUAUUAUUAGCAUAUCGUCCCUGAUAUUAUUAGCAUAUGGUGAA